AUGUACGCCACUGAUUUGGUGCAGAUAGUCUCUGACGAGAAUGUGAUGUCUGUCAUUCGCUCGCGAAUCAGCUCAUGGGAAGCUCAGCCUCCACUGACAUUCACCACAAAAGCAGAAGCAGUUAACUAUGGCGUAGAAGGCGGUCUGUUGAGAGACCUGGUGCACCAUUGGAAGACAGCGUACAACUGGACAUCAGCCGUAGCGUCUCUCAACUGCUACGUCCCAUGCGCUGACGAGCAGCGACCGCACUUUAAAACCACAAUCAAUGGGUGUGUGUGUGGUACGUAUGCGUACGUGCAUGACCUAUAUGCAUAUGAGCGCUGGGGUGUAGUAAUCGUCGAUGCAUACACCUAUGCACUGUGA